UUAGCCUCAUGUUUACUCCCGAAAGCUCACUUUGCUUUUAGCCCUGGCCGUCGGCUGAGCGGAGCUGCGCAUGCGCCGCGUGCUCCCGUGGCAUAGAGCCUCGUCCAGUCACGACUAGCCACUGGGCGGGGUGCGUGCCGGCCGAGGGCGCCGGCUGCCAGAGUGGACAUGGCGGCCGGCCCCACUGGGGCGGUGCUGGCCCUCCUGGGGGUGCUCAGUGUCUGUGCAGCCAGCGCCUAUGGGUCCGUGGCGGAGAGGGAGGCCGGCGGUGAGGCGGAAUGGGCGAAACCGUGCGAUGGCGCGGUUUUCCGGCCGCCCUCGGCGCUGGGCGCAGUGGGGGUGACGCGCAGCUCCGGAACGCCGAGACCAGGGAGGGAGGAGGCCGGAGAUUUGCCGGUGCUGCUGUGGUGGAGCCCAGGGCUAUUCCCCCACUUCUCGGGAGACUCGGAGCGCAUCGAGUGUGCGCGCGGCGCUUGCGUGACGUCCCGGAACCGCCGAGCGCUGAGGGACUCGCGGACGCGCGCGCUGCUCUUCUACGGCACCGACUUCCGCGCUUCGGCCGCGCCGCUGCCGCGCCUGGCGCACCAGAGCUGGGCGCUCCUCCACGAGGAGUCGCCCCUCAACAACUUCUUGCUGAGCCACGGCCCGGGCAUCCGCCUCUUCAAUCUUACCUCCACAUUCAGUCGCCACUCGGAUUACCCGCUGUCGCUGCAGUGGCUGCCCGGGACCGCCUAUCUGCGCCGCCCGAUGCCUCCGCUCCGGGAACGCGCGGAGUGGCGCCGCCGCGGCUACGCGCCGGUGCUCUAUCUCCAGUCCCACUGCGACGUGCCUGCGGACCGGGACCGCUACGUGCGCGAGCUCAUGCGCCACAUCCCGGUAGACUCCUACGGGAAAUGCCUGCAGAAUCGGGAGCUGCCCACUGCGCGGCUACAGGACACAGCCACGGCCACCACCGAGGAUCCAGAGCUCUUGGCUUUCUUGUCCCGCUAUAAGUUCCACUUGGCCCUGGAAAAUGCCAUCUGUAACGACUACAUGACAGAAAAACUGUGGCGUCCCAUGCAUCUGGGCGCUGUGCCCGUGUACCGCGGCUCUCCCUCUGUGAGGGACUGGAUGCCGAACAAUCACUCCAUCAUCCUGAUUGAUGAUUUUGAGUCUCCUCAGAAGCUGGCAGAGUUUAUUGACUUUCUGGACAAGAAUGAUGAGGAAUAUAUGAAAUACCUGGCAUACAAGCAACCUGGGGGCAUCACCAACCAAUUCCUUCUGGAUAGUCUGAAGCAUCGGGAGUGGGGAGUGAAUGAUCCUUUGCUGCCUAACUACCUCAACGGCUUCGAGUGUUUCGUCUGUGACCACGAACUGGCUCGGCUGGAUGCCGAGAAAGCCCACGCGGACUCUCCCGGGGACAGCCCCGUCCUUGAGCCCCACAUUGCCCAGCCCUCACACAUGGACUGCCCAAUGCCCACACCUGGCUUUGGCAAUGUGGAAGAGAUUCCUGAGAAUGACAGCAGUCUUGUCCAAGUUAGAGACCACUGUAUCUGCUUAAGAUGUCUUUGGCCCCACUCAGAAAAAGGCAGGACUCAUAACUAUGCUGCAGUUCCAUAAUCCAACCCCCAUUUUGGUAUUUCAGUUGGAAAGAGAUGUGGCUGCAAGAUUAUUGGCAAGGUCUGGACCAGGGGGAAGCUCUCACUGCCAUGAUCCACAACAAUGAAACAGAGCAGAGGAAAUUUUGGGAUUACCUACAUGAAAUCUUCAUGAAAAGGCAACAUCUCUAAGUGCCCUUGCAAGAACCUUUAACUUGGCGGAGCUAAGGAGAUUUUAUUCUACCCUGGGACAUAAGGAGCAUCCACUGCACAAACCCUUACUGAACACUGUCUUUUCAUGGAUUCAAGGCAUUCCAGUUUUAUCUAUUAAGAUUUUAUCUUAAUGAUGAGUAGCCAAGGUCUAACAUAGGGCCUCUCCUCAAGGAGAGAUGGAGGCAUACAAUUCUUGGUUCAGUGAGAACCCUAAAACAUCCAUUUGAUUCAAGGUGCUGGUCGAACAGUUUUUAAAUUACUCAAUUCUCUAUUUCAUCCUUUGAGCUGUACUUGACUACCAAUGAAGUAAGAUGGGUCAGGUUACGACUUACAACUUUUGUUCUAUUCCCCAAACUCCUCAUUAUUCAGUACAUUUCCCAAUAAUCUCUUCUUCUCAUCUGUUGCUUUAUAAAUUGUUAUGUUAGUGGAGAAGCAAAACUUCUGGUGAGUUGUAUUCUGGUUUUUUGCAUUUUUUAUAUUAUGUACUUUGCUUUCAUGUCAAA